AUGGGCAAAGAUAUUGCUUGUUUUCUCAAUUUGCCCAAUCCUGAAAAAUACACUGGCCAUAGCUUUCGAAGAUCCUCAGCUACAAUAUUAGUAGAUGCUGAUGAAGAGGAGGAUAUAAUCAGUUUACAAAAGCAUGAUUGGAAACCUUCUUCGGUUUUCGUUUUUGCAACAAUUAUUGGUUGCGGUAUUGCUGUCCCACAUGCCACAUCUUAUGCAUCUGUUAAACAACAUUAUAACAAUCACGACGAUUAUAAUGAUCAUUACUAUCCAUAUAAUGCUGGUUUUGUAAAUGGAUAUGGUAUUGAUAAUAACGACGGUCUUUACAACGGACACUAUGCUGAUUAUUACGGGCAUCAUGAUGACCACCAUGACUACUACGCACACCCACAAUAUGCCUACAAAUACGGUGUUGAAGAUCCACACACUCACGACAUCAAAUCUCAAGAGGAACAUCGUGAUGGGGAUGUAGUCAAAGGACAUUACAAACUGGUCCAACCCGAUGGUCGCAUUCGCAUUGUUCACUACACCGCUGAUGACCAUAAUGGUUUCAAUGCAGAUGUACAAUACUCUGGUCAUGCCGAACACCCCACAUACCAUCACUAUUAUUAA